AUGUCACCUCUAGACCUGAGUCUUCCCACGGCUCUCAUUCUUAUCGACAAUCAAAUCGGCUUCUGCGCUCCAGAAACAAUUUCUCACUGGGGAACCACCCGCUCCAACCCACGAUAUGAAACCAAUCUCCAGACUCUCUUAUCUACAUUUCGGACUGCACGAUCUUCAUCAUCUACUCUACUGGAAGUGAUCCAUAUCUACCAUUCUUCCGUGAUGCCUGGCAGUCCGCUGCACCCUUCUAAUAAUGGAAUCCGUCCGUUGGACUUUGCUACCCCGGCCUCUGACGGCUCGGAGCCUGUUUUCUGGAAAUCCGUCAACUCUUCCUUCAUAGGAACCAAUCUUGAAGCGCACCUGCGAGAGAAGGGUUUCAGGCAGCUUAUUGUUGCUGGGUUGACGACUGAUCACUGCGUCUCUACCACUGUACGCAUGGCGGCUAAUUUGGGUGUUGUGGAUCGCUUGCUUGAUGGGGAACCUGUUCAAAUUAAGUCGGACGGUACACAUGUGAAGGAUGUGCCUGUCGAUAAGGGACGGAUUGUUCUUGUGUCAGAUGCAACUGCAACUUUUGGUAAGGGUGGAUUUGAUUCUGAAACUAUUCAUAAGGUUUCUGCUGCUAGUCUUGAUGGGGAGUUUUGUGACGUUGUUGGAACAGAGGAUGUUGUCGAAGCCUUGAGGAAGGUUUGA